CUCCGACCAGCAGCAUGCGACGUUGGUCUGCCACCACCACCUUGGUCGCCUGCCUCCUCCUCGCCAUCAGCGGCGUUGCGGCAAGCAACGAGACCACGCCCACCAUCACGACCGUUGUGACGCCGACCACCGUGACGCCGCCACCGACGACGACAGCAGCGCCAACGACGACACCGCCGCCGACGACAACGCCGGCGCCCACGACGACAGCGUCGCCGACAACGACGGCUCCACCCACGCAGCCGCCGUUGACGACAGCGCCACCGACUCAGGCGCCUCCCACCGCCGCACCCGUGACCAACGCCCCCAAGACAGCGGCCCCGGCCACGCAGGCGCCAACUGCGUCGCCAUCGACGGAUGCGCCAACGCCGAGUACCUCUGCAGCAGCACCAACUCCCACGACAACGACCGCCCUGCGAACAGCGACCAAAUCGCCCGUCGUCACGCCAGCGCCGAGCGAAGCCGAGUCGACGGCGCUCGGCGUCUGGCCCGUCGUUGGCAUCAUUGCUGCGGGUGCGAUCGUUUUGGCCGGCGGCGUCGUCUGCUUUAUCAAGCGCCGGCACAUGCGUAGCUCGACGACGGUGCGCGACGACCCGUUGACACCGACGCACGCGGCGGGCGCGGCGGUCUUUGACACGUACACAGACGGCACGACUCCGACGGCCGCCGACGUCGACACCGCGCCGCGCUUCCACAACGAGAACGAUAGCUACAUGGAAGAGGCGCGCCGGCCCCAGCUCUGGGAAAGUACGCUCGAGUCGCAGGCCGACACGUCCUUCGUGUCCGACAGCCACGGUACGGCGUUCGACUCGUUUGUGUCGCGGAGCAGUACAGGCAACGACACGUUUGUGCGCUAGUGGGCGCACAUGCUAUUUAACCACUUUUCUACAUUGUACAAUAAUGUCUUUCGUGUC